AUGCAGGGCACGUCCCAGGUAUCAGUGCACCAUUCUUUUCCUGCUAUAUUGGAUGUGGACGAUGGAGAAAGUGAGAGAAGUAUUUUUGGAUAUGAAGUAGGCUUGUUUCCAGUAAUCGACAAGCAAGAGUUAUCAGCUACCGCUUCCUUAUCCCCACAUCUCCACCGCUCUGCUCAGCCGUCGCAUCCUGAUUGGGAACAUGAUCAAAGCGCUUCCAGCCACUGCAGAUUAGAGGGGCUCAGAUAUGGAUCUCCACUUCAUUUACAAGAAGAGGGCGAGUUCCGAGAGUAUCAGCAGCAACAGAAAGUAGUAGGGGCGAUAGAAGAGAAUGAUAACGAGAACGAUAUGGAUCUACAACCUGCAAAAAGGCAAAAGCUUUCUUCACUAUUUACUGACAACUCUCCAACGCCUACCUAUGAACACAGUCCAAGGCAUCGUUUCAAACAGGAUCACAUCCCUACUCCAUCUUCGACCACGCAAUCCGAGGUGACUGAGUUACAGCCCCUGGGCCUCAACGGAAAUUCCCCAACACCCAUCGAUAACGACCACUGCUACUCACCACGAUCCCCUCGAAGUCCCUCUCUUAUAGAGCCAGCACCAGCUGCCGAAUAUCAAGAAUAG